AUGGAGACGCCUUCUGAACAGCCGCCGGUGAGGCUCAUCGACUGGCUGAGCCCGUACGUGCACCGCGCCGAGGUGGCGCUGCGCCUCAAGGGUGUCCCCUACAACCUCCUCCUCGACGACAUGGCCAGCAAGAGCGACCUGCUGCCCACCCAAAACCCCGUCCACAAGAAGGUCCCCGUCCUCUUCCACGGCGACCGGCCGGCCGUCUGCGAGUCGCUCGUCAUCGUCGAGUACGUCGACGAGGCCGUGCGGCAGUGCCUCCCGACGGACCUCGUGGUCGCCGUGCUGACGCCCAGGAGGGACAUGUUUGUGGCCACUGCCAAGGCCAUGGCCGCGCACAAGUAG